AUGGAAAAUUUUCGUUUUCUCUGUUCGAUCUAUUCAGCAACGUUUGCAUUGUGUCUCAUCGUUUCUGUUUAUGCACAAGACCAAUCAGGUUUCAUAAGCAUCGAUUGUGGAAUCGCAAGUGGAUCAUCGUACAAAGACGACGCGACGGGUAUAAACUACGUCUCAGAUUCAUCCUUUGUUGAAACCGGAGUCUCCAAAUCGAUCCCCUUCACAGCUCAAAGACAGCUUCAAACCCUAAGGAGCUUUCCUGAAGGUUCUAGACACUGCUACACACUGAUUCCAAAUCAGGGAAAGGGCAAGAAAUAUCUCAUAAGAGCUAGUUUCAUGUACGGUAACUACGAUGGAGAAAAUGGUUCACCCGAGUUUGAUCUGUUUCUUGGUGGAAAUAUCUGGGAUACUGUCUUGCUCAACAAUGGAUCGGUCGUUGUUUCCAAAGAAGUCGUUUACUUGAGCCAAUCUGAGAAAAUAUAUGUUUGUUUGGGAAACAAAGGCAAAGGAACUCCAUUUAUCUCGACUUUAGAGCUUAGGUUUCUUGGAAACGACAACACGACGUAUGAUUCUCCAAACGGUGCUCUCUUCUUCUCCAGGCGCUGGGACUUUGGCUCCCUCAUGGAUUCACCUGUCAGAUAUGAUGAUGAUGUGUACGAUAGAAUCUGGAUACCUCGCAACUUUGGCUAUUGUAGAGAGAUCAACACCUCACUUCCCGUGAUCUCAGACAACAAUAGUUACAACCUUUCGAGUUUGGUGAUGAGUACAGCCAUGACUCCAACAAACACAACAAGACCCAUCACAAUGACUUUGGAAAACAGCGAUCCAAAUGUCAGGUACUUUGUUUACAUGCACUUCGCCGAGGUCGAAGAUCUUAGUCUCAAACCAAACCAGACCAGAGAGUUCGACAUCAGUGUUAACGGAGUGACGGUUGCUGCUGCCUUCAGCCCCAAGUAUCUUCAAACUAACACUUUUUUUCUAAACCCUGAGAGCCAAACGGAGAUAGGGUUUUCUCUCGUAAGAACUCCCAAGUCUACUCUUCCGCCAAUCGUUAACGCUCUAGAGAUCUAUAUCGCUAACAGUUUCUCGCAGUCUCUCACUAACCAAGAGGACGGUGAAGCGGUUACGAGUCUAAAGACGAGUUAUAAAGUAAAGAAAAACUGGCAAGGAGAUCCUUGUUUACCUAAUGACUACAUUUGGGAGGGUCUCAAUUGUAGUUAUGAUAGUCUUACUCCUCCCAGGAUCACAUCACUGAACUUAUCAUCGAGCGGGCUAACUGGUCACAUAUCUCCAUCCUUCUCUGACCUCACAAUGAUUCAGGAGCUGGACUUAUCAAACAACGGCUUAAACGGAAACAUUCCAGAGUUUCUGUCAAAACUGAAGUUCUUGAGGGUUUUAAAUCUAGAGAAGAACAAGCUAACUGGUUCAGUCCCAUCCGAAUUAAUAGAGAGAUCAAAGAGUGGAUCAUUAUCGCUACAUGUUGGAGAGAAUCCAGAACUCUGUACUGAGAUUUCUUGCGGAAAAAGCAACAGUAAAAAAGUCGUGAUCCCGCUGGUCGCAUCAUUUGCAGCAUUGUUCAUUCUCUUGUUAUUGUCUGGUGUAUUUUGGAGAAUCAAGAACCGGAGAAACAAGUCCGUAAACUCUGCGGUGGAAGGAAAUGUAGACAAGGGAGCAAGAGACAAUCAAAUUGCGAAACCGGAGAACAAAUUAUUGUUUACCUUUGCAGACGUUGUAAAGAUGACAAACAACUUCGGUCGUGUCCUCGGCAAAGGAGGUUUUGGGACAGUCUACCAUGGCUACUAUAACAACCUUCAGGUCGCUGUUAAAAUUUUAUCAGAAACUUCAGCUCAAGGGUUCAAAGAGUUCCGCUCAGAGGUCGAAGUUCUUGUGAGAGUUCAUCACGUACACCUCACCGCGCUGAUUGGUUAUUUUCAUGAAGCUGACCAAAUGGGAUUGAUCUAUGAAUUCAUGGCUAACGGGAACAUGGCAGAUCAUCUCGCGGGAAAGUAUGAGCGUACAUUGAGCUGGACUCAACGGCUUCAGAUUGCUCUUGAUGCAGCACAAGGGCUUGAGUAUCUUCACUGUGGAUGCAAACCUGCGAUAGUUCACAGAGAUGUGAAAACUUCGAACAUACUGUUGAACGAUAAGAACAGAGCAAAGCUUGCAGAUUUUGGACUCUCACGGAGUUUUCAUACAGAGAGUCGUUCUCACGUAUCCACUCUAGUCGCUGGCACUCCCGGCUAUCUCGACCCGCUAUGCUUCGAGACAAAUGGGUUAAAUGAGAAGAGUGACAUAUACAGCUUUGGAGUGGUACUGUUAGAGAUGAUAACGGGAAAAACAGCGAUCAGUGAGUCGCAAACGAAGCGUGUGCAUGUGAGUGAUUGGGUGAUAUCGAUAUUAAGGUCAACGAAUGAUGUGAACAAUGUAAUAGACUCGAAGAUGGCAAAAGAUUAUGAUGCAAACUCGGUAUGGAAAGUGGUGGAGCUAGCUUUGGGGUCUGUUUCGCAGAACGUAUCAGAGAGGCCACACAUGCAACAUAUUGUUAUAGGAUUGAAAGAGUGCCUUCAAAGAGAAGAGAAUCACAAGAAGUAUUGAUGUCACAACAAAAGGGUUUUGGAUGGGUAUAUGUUUUUAAGUUUGUGUUGCUAUAUAUGUAAAGCCCAAAUUUAUUAUUGCAAAGAGUAAAACCGGAUUUGUUUGUGCAA